CCUGAUUGCAAUGUUGGUGGCCCUGUGAAUCUCCGCUGCAUGCAAAGUGCUAGAAAACAGAGUGAUGUGUUGACAGUUCAAAUAGUGGCCGCCGAGUGUUUUGUUGUUCCUGGCCAAAAUGUUUCUCCCUCUCGCAAUAAAUAUCUUCCUUUCAGCAACUGCAUUUGUUGUAACAAAUCGUUUGAUACCAAAGCUUAGAGAUAUGUUCAUAAAGGCGAAUGUCUUCGGAAUAGACAUGAGCAAGAAGGACAAAACCAAGAUCCCAGAAUCUAUUGGAGUUGUGACAGCAUCAGUUUACCUCGUAGUAUCCUUCCUCUUCAUCCCAAUGCCUUUCACUCAACACCUACUCAGUGACUCAAAAGGCUCUCAAUUUCCACAUGAUGAAUUUGUGGAGCUCAUCUCUGCCCUACUCUCGAUUUGCUGCAUGAUUCUGCUGGGAUUCGCUGAUGAUGUGCUGGAUUUGAGAUGGAGGAUAAAGCUGCUAUUGCCCACGAUAGCAUCCUUGCCGCUUCUCAUGGUUUACUACGUGAAUUUCAACUCAACCACGGUGAUAAUGCCGGUGUUCGUGCGGCAACUCGUGGGACACUCCCUGAACAUUGGAUUCCUCUACUACAUCUACAUGGGGAUGUUGGCUGUGUUCUGCACGAAUGCCAUCAACAUCCUGGCGGGGAUAAACGGCCUGGAAGUGGGACAAUCACUGGUGAUAGCGAUCUCAAUCGUCCUCUUCAAUUGUGUGGAGAUCUUCAUGGGCAGAGCCGAGCAGUGCCACUCCUUCUCCCUUUACAUGCUUCUGCCCUACAUCGGCACGACCUACGCGCUCUGGCUGCACAACAAAUAUCCAUCAAAAGUAUUUGUGGGCGACACUUUUUGCUACUUUUCCGGCAUGACGUUCGCCGUGGUGGCAAUUUUGGGGCACUUCAGCAAAACCGUGCUGCUGUUCUUCAUUCCUCAAGUCGUGAACUUUCUCUACUCUGUGCCUCAAUUGUUCCACUUCAUCCCCUGCCCAAGGCAUCGGCUGCCAAAAUAUAAUCCAUCGACGGACAAGCUUGAGUUGAGUCAGACGACAUUUCGCUACAGUGAACUUCAUCCGCUCGGGAAACUGGCCGUGAGCAUCUUCAAACACCUUCGACUGAUCAAAUGGGAGGAGAAAGACUCAAUAGUGACGACAAAUAAUUUCACGCUGAUCAACUUUGUCAUCCUGAAGUUCGGAUCGAUGCGCGAAGACAGAGUGACGUGGAUUCUGCUGGGAAUUCAAUGUGUCUGCACAGGUGUUGCCUUCACUAUACGUUACCCACUGGCGGGCUACUUUUACAACUAAUAAAGGCC